AUGUCUUCCUCCGAGUCGGCUUCAUCAGACGAAGAAAAAAGACCGGCGCCAGCUCCCGCCACGUCGGAUUCCGAUUCCGAUUCGGAUACGGGCGGUCCCACCACCCAGAAACGUGGCGGUCGUAGCGAUUCGUCGGGUUCUGGGUCUGAUGUUGAGAAACCACAAGCAAAACCUGCGAAAAAGAAGGUGUUGACGAAGCGAAAGCGAAAGGCGUCAGGAAGCAGCGACGAUGAUCAGGUGGACGACAGUUUGUUCACUGACAAAGAAGACAAGGCGAGAUGGAAGGGGUUGAGCGAACUGGAGAAGGAGCGUGAGAUUUUCGAACGAAUGGAGGCUCGUGAGAGUGCUCGUGCUCGCGAGGAAAUCGCCCAACAACUUGCGAAAAAGGCGAAGAAAAACACGGAGAAGGGUGCGAAGACAGAGAAGCGGCGAAAGAUGAAUAGUGAUGGGGGAUCGCCGAAAGCGAAGGGAUCAUCGGAUUCUGAUUCCGAGAUGGACGCUGAGUUCCAUCACCCCAGUGAAAUAAACCGCAAACACAAGGAGAAAAAUGCGAUGGACGCUCUGAAACACAAACGAAAGGAGAUCGAGAAGAAAAACGCGAAGAACGCGGCGCUCUCGAUCGACGCGGUGUUCGGAGCGAACAGCGGCUCGUCGAGUUCUUCCAGUUCCAGCGAAAGUUCUCGUUCCUCGUCAAGCUCUCGGGAAUCGUCUCCAGAACGUAAUGCCGAUCAGGAGAAAGUGGUGAAGAAGGAGGUGGAGACGUUGGCAGAAUUGAGAAAAGCUCGUUUGUCUCGACACAAAUUGGCUCUGAUGAUUCACGCGCCGUUCUUCGAUUCGACUGUCGUCGGAUGUUACGUUCGACUCGGACAGGGAAUGAUCAGUGGAUCGCAGAGCAAGUAUCGAAUUUGGAAGAUCAUCGGUGUGGAGCAGACGAAUAAGGUUUACGAUUUAGAGGGGAAGAAGACGAAUAAGAGCAUCAAGUGCCAGUUUGGUCGAUCCGAGCGUCCAUUCCGUAUGCAAUUCGUGUCAAACUCUGAAUUCGAACAAGUUGAAUUCGAUGAAUGGCGUAAUGCCACGAAGGCUCAGGGCUCCGUCCCAACUGUUGAUAUUAUGGAGAAGAAGCAUUCGGAUAUAGAAAAGGCCAUAAAUCACAAGUACUCGGAUAAGGAGGUCGACCUGAUGAUAAAAGAAAAGUCGAAAUUCCAAAAAGUCACUCGAAACUUUGCAAUGACAAAGGCUGGACUAUCGAAACAAAAGGAGUUGGCUCAGCAGAGAGGUGAUAUUCGAGAAGCGGAGCGAGUUCAAAAGGAGAUUGACGAGAUCGAACGACACGCGGAUGAGCUGGAUAAGGAGAGAAGCAAAUCGAUCCGAGCGAUUGCAUUCAUCAAUCACAGAAAUCGAACACAGAUCAAGGAUCAGGUGUUGAGUGGAAAGUUGAAGAUUGAGGAGAGCUCGCAGGACGAUCCGUUCACAAGGAAGAAGGGUGGAAUGCGUGUAGUGUCGGGAUCGAAGUCGAAACUCGACGGGAAACCGUCCGCCGCGUCGUCGAAUAAUAAUUUGUCUGAAGCCGGAAAAGACGCGCCAUCGUCGGCUCCGAAGUCAACUCUCCCACCACCUGCCAAGCCAAUGGGCAUGAAGAAGCCGCCCGUUAUGUCGAGUCUUCAUGAUUUCGACUUGGAUAUCGACUUGGACAAGUUGAAGAAUGUUGGCGAAGAGCAGGCAGCGAGGAGAGCUGUGAUUGGAGGCGCCGCCGCGAGAGCCGCCACAAAUCGUCCCGGAAACACGGUGCCGUCAACUUCAUCGUCUGCAAUUUAA